GAGAGAGAGAUUUAGAGAGAGAGAGAGAGAGAGAGAGGGAGAGAGAGAGGGAGAUAUAUAUAAUACUCAGCUAGGGUUUGAUGAAGCCGAGAUCGGAGACGACGACGGAGGAGGAGGCGGCGGCGGCGGCGCUGAUCCCGGGGCUACCGGAGGACGUGGCGGAGCUGUGCCUGGUGCGCGUGCCCUUCCCCUACCAAACCCUAGCGCGCUCCGUCUCCGCCGCGUGGAACCGCGCCCUCUCCCGACCCUCCUUCCUCUCUCGCGCCCGAUCAUCAUCCUCCUCCUCCUCCCCCUUCCUCUUCGUCUUCGCCUUCCACCCCGUCUCCCUCCGCCUCCAAUGCCAAGCCCUAGAUCCCGUCUCCCGCCGCUGGUUCCUCCUCCCCCAAAUCCCCCUCCCCUCUUCCCCCUCCCCCUCCUCCCAUGGCGGAGGCGGCGAUGGCGCCCCUCCUCCUCCUCCUCCGCCGCUCCACCCCGCCUCCUGCGCCUUCGCCUCCCUCCCCUCCCGCGGCGAGCUCUUCGUCCUCGCGCCGCGCCCCGCCGCGCUCCUCCUCGCCUACCGCGCCGCCACCAACUCCUGGACCCCCGCCGCCGCCGCGGCCGCCGCGCCGGGGCCCUUCCUUGCCGCGGGGGCCGUCGCCGGGCGCAUCCUCGCCGCCUCCGGCGACGGCGCCGCGGCGCGCUACGACCCCGAGGCCGACCGGUGGGAGCCGGCCCCGGGGCUGCGGCGCGGGAUGGCGCGGUACGACGCGGCGGUGGUGGCGGGGCGGCGGAUGUACGUGACGGAGGGCUGGGCCUGGCCCUUCGACGCCGCGCCGCGCGGCGCCGUCUUCGACGCCGACCGCGACGCGUGGGCCGAGAUGCCCCCCGGGAUGCGCGAGGGAUGGACGGGCGCGAGCGCCGUCGUCGGCGACGACCGGCUCUUCGUCGUGGCCGAGUACGGCGACCGCCGCCUCAAGUCCUACGACGCCGCCCGCGACUCCUGGCGCGGGGUCGCCGGCCCCGGCGUCCCACCGGACCUUCCCCGCCCCUUCGCCGUCGCCGGCGAUCGCUCCGGCCGUAUCUUCGUCGUCGGCAGGGGCCUCGACGUCGCCGUCGCCACCGUGCUCCCCCCGCCCGCACGCCGCGAGGAAGAGGGUGAGAGGUGGUGGGAGCGUGGUGAAGCGCCCCUUCGUUUGCGACCUCCGCGCCCUGCAACGCUCAGUGUCAGAAGUAUCCGCAGAGAAGAGGACAUUAAUUCCGAAGAAAAUAAAACAGAAUCGUUGCCCGAGAAGCCUAUGGGCACGGCAAAUGGCGUUCUCGACAACGACCUCGCCUACCACGUCCGCUCCCCUCAAGCCCGCAAGCACACUGCCCUCGCUCUCACCGUCAACGUCGAGUGA